AUGGCCCAUCUAGGCGAUUUCUAUGAGAUCCUUAGUCUGCCAUUUACGGCAUCUUCGGCCGGGGUGAUCCUUUCCAAGCAGCAAAUAAAACUCGCAUACCACAAAGCCCUGCUAAAACACCACCCGGAUAAAGCGGGCGCUGUCGCGAAAGAUGCUGGAUUAAGUGACUCGAAUACAGUCUCUUCUGCGUCUAUGUCUAACCCGCUCUUUCGAUCGACCGAGUCCCCGCGACAGCCGUAUACCGUUGACCAGAUUACUGCCGCUUACAAAACACUAUCUGACCCCCUUCUUCGCGCCGAAUAUGACCGCUCUCUUCGACUGGACAGGGUAAAGGCAGAGAAAGGUGGCCAGGUUUUCCAUACUGGACUGGAGAUUGUGGAUUUGGAGGAUCUCGCUUGCGACGAGAGCGAGGACGGGGACUGCUGGUAUCGCGGUUGUCGGUGUGGUGAUGAGCGAGGAUUCUUGGUUACAGAAGAUGAUUUGGAAAGAGAGGCUGAGCAUGGGGAGAUCGUCAUUGGGUGUCGAGGGUGCAGCCUCUGGUUGAAGAUUCUUUUUGCUGUGGAGGGGUGA